AUGCAAAGAAAUCUUCAUUCUUUCUUUAACACAGCCCCACUAUCAGAUAUUGAUGUCGUCAAUCCAGCAACUGAUACUACUUACAAAUGCCAUAAAGUAGUGCUAGCUGCUGCCUCUGAUCUAUUUGAUUAAGUAUUGCAGGAUUGUGAUCCUAAGCUAUUCAGCAUCCCAAAGCACAUAUCAACUAAAUCAAAUUUUAUUGACGAUCCUUUCCCCAGAGUUAUGGAGUAUGUCUAUUCUAAUUAGGAUUUUGAGAAGAUUAAGCAAGAUGUAGAUGAAAACAACGUUUCAAAUAUUUACUCGUUGGCUUACUCUUUGAAAGUCACCUAACUUAAGGGAGAUCUUGAGAGAUGUAUUGUAAACAACUUCCUUAAUCCAGAGACAUGCUGCUAAUUUUACCUAGAAGCUAUCAGAGUAAUUAGUAUUGUUUAAUAAUGUAUUUGCUAGUUUGAUAGUAAUUUCCUGCUAUAAAAAUCUAGGGAAAUGCUCGUAAAUUAAUUUGAAGCUAUUGCAGAGACUAAGAAUGGGACUGAGUUUUUAAAUGACUUACCUUUCUAAAUGUUCUUAGAUCUUAUUGAGGACCCAGAACUUAAUGUGACUGAGGAGAUAUAGGUUGUAAGAGCAAUAGAUAGAUAUUUGAACCAUAGAAGAGCUUUACCCCCUUCUCCAGAUGAUGAGGAAGAUUGGAGUUAACUAAAUGAUGAGGAGAAAAAGCAUAGAGAAGAAUAGAAGCAGAAGGCAGCAGAGGAAAAGAAGACCAAAGAUGAAGAGGAAUAGAAAGCUAGAGAUAGUAAGUUUAGCGCACUAGAUGAACUUGGUAAAGUUCAAUUUCUUAGUGAUGAGAAAUAAGAAAAUAAGAUUAAAGAGAUUCUUGAUAAACUUAUAGUGAGGAAGCUAAGGAAAGAGCAAAAAGAAAUAUUAUUCAAGGCCAUUCAUUACUCCUUCUUGAAGCAUGAAGAACUUAUUGAGACUUCUCUGAAUCCUAACUUUGCAGAGGCUAAGGAUUAUAUUAUGCAGGGUUUGAGUUACAGACUGAAUCCAUAUGAGGAGAACUAGAAAUACAGAGAAUUCACUAUUAAUUUGAAACCAAGAAAAAACUAUGGUGCAGAAAUGGAGAUGAAACUAGUAGACAACUUUGCUAGGAAUAGAUAAUAGCAGCACUAGCAAUAGAUAUAAAAUGAGAAAAACCAACAGCAGUUUUCAGCUAAUAAGGUGGCAAUGCAAUAAAGGCUAUUACAGCAGUAGGCUGCUACAUAAUAGUAGAUUGGAGGGCCUAUGAGAACUCAAGCAUUUCCUAAUUAAUAGUUUUAAAAUCAACCAAACUAAAUGCUUCAGCAAUAGCAAUAUCCUAGUUAGAUGAUUGAUCCAAGAUAGUCAUAAUAAUUCAACUAAGGAAUUGGAUUUCAGUAGACUUAGCAAAUGCCUUUAAAUCUAAGGCAAUCAUAGUAGUAACCACCGUUUAUCAGUAAUAAUUAAGGUGUGAUGCAAAGUAAUGUAAUGAGCAAUAAAUUUGAUCAUUUCCAAAAUCAAGCCAAAAUUUAACACUAAAAACUUGAUUAGGAUGCUCAAAACUUAGGAGGUCCUCUGAUGCAAAGCAACUUUUAGAUUACUAAAAAUGGGCCUUAAGUUCUUGACCCACAUUUCUAGAGACAGUAAUAGCAGAUCUAGAGCAUGAGGAAUCCGACAAUGCCAAUUAUGGAAGAUAAAUUUCUCAGAAGUCAGUCACCUAUGAAAUCCUCUUCAUCCCUGGGCUAAUAUCCAAGUUAGAUGGGAGUUAUGAGUAACUAAAUGUCUUCAACUAUGUAGCCAGGGUAGUCAUUGCAAAACUUUAUGCCUAAGGCUCCUCAAAAAGAGAUGUUUAACAUUCAUGCUUAAACUACACUCUCCCCCAGAAAGCAAAAUAAUUCACCUUAUCAAGCACACAUGAGCAAACAAAAUAAUCCUCUGUAUGGAACUUAACUAUCUGAAAGACUCCCCGGGGGAGGCUAGAACACUAAUCUUAGCUUGAUUGAGUUUAUAUACGAUCAUGAUUUUGAUGAGAAUGGAGCUCUCUUCUACCUUGGAACAUAUGGAUUGAAGAGACCUUGGUAAAAUCCACAUGCCCUUGGACUAAUUCACUGCUUCACUUCGUCGAUUGGUGGUGGUAGAGUUGAGGACAUUGCUGGCAGACAGGUUGUUAACUGCAGGACUUUGAAUGAGCCAUUCUCUUUCUUUGGAAUUGAUCUUGGUGAGGGCAGGCAUUUGAUCCCUACAUGCUACAGCUUGAGAAAUAGGAACUCAUCGACUCAUGUACUUAUGAACUGGCAUUUCGAGGCAUCAAAUGAUAAAGUGAACUGGGUCGUUCUUGAUAGAAGAAUAUACUUGUCUGAUAACACCAAUUAUAAUCAAGAAAUGGAACAAGAACAGAAGAAUCUAUAGAGAAAAGGAGCCACUAGUACUUGGGGAAUCGAUCAGACUAUUUACAAUGAUGUGGGGUCAUAAGGCUUUAGGUACUUCAGAAUAGUUCAAGUAGGCAAAAAUAGCAGUGGCAGUGAUAACUUGACUCUCAGUGGCUUAGAACUAUACGGAAAGGUGUCUUUUAAUGCUGUUUGGGAAUUUUGA